AUGGACAGCGAUAAUUACGACUCCCAGUCGGGCGAUGACGCCGAGAAGUAUUCCGUGCCUUCGGCAUGGCCACCCACCGACCGGGAUUCCUUCGAGCAUGUCACUGUUUCGGAAGUGGACCAUCGUUACAAUACUGUGCAAUGUAACGAUUUGCGUCUGAUACUGACCAUCGGAUCAUCCAGUACCUGCACUAGCUCAGCAUACACAUCCACAUACACCCAGAUGAAUGCCGAAUUUGGCACAUCAUCUCUUGUCUCCACUCUCGGACUGUCAACGUUCCUCUUGGGUAUUGCCUUCGGGCCACCAAUGAUCAGUCCUUUGAGUGAGUAUUACGGACGACGUCCCAUCUACCUCGGGACAUGGUCUCUUUUCAUCCUUUCGACAAUUCCAUCAGCAGUUGCAAAGAACAUUCAAACCAUACUGGUUACUCGAUUCUUCAGUGGUGCCUUUGGCGGUACCUUCCUCUCAGUGUCAGGAGGGACCGUGGGCGACAUCUUCCUACCACACCAAAUCCAACACCCCAUGUCUCUUGUGUCGCUAGUGCCGUUCAUGGGGCCUUGCGUGGGCCCAAUAGUCGGCGGAUUCAUCAACUACAACAUCAAUUGGCGAUGGACCUAUUAUAUCAUGAUCAUCUGGUCUUCGAUUUUGAUGGCCAUUAUUGUAUUUUUCACGCCCGAGACCUUUCAUCCAAUCAGGUUAUACAUGAAGGCCAAGCACCUCCGCCAGCAAACUGGCGAUGACCGGUAUAGAGCGCCGAUGGAGAAGAAGAGCGGAGAUGUUCAGCCGUCGAAGGCUUCCAUCAUAGCAGCCUCCAUGCUACGACCCUUACAGUUCAACUUCUUGGAACCUAUGUGCCUCUGCCUUAACGUAUACUCGGCAAUCUUACUGGCUAUACUGUACUUGUUCUUCCUGGCGUUCCCGCGCCUCUUCCGAACGGAGUAUGGGAUGAACCUAUGGCAAGGUGGUCUUACAUUCCUUGGCAUUAUUGUAGGCAUGUGCUUGGCUGCAGCAUCAUCACCAGUCUGGUCCAACAUCCGCACGCGACUUGUGGAGAAGCACGGGACUAGUGAGCCGGAGUUCCGAUUACCGCCGGCUAUGUUGGGCGGGUUCCUGAUACCGAUCGGGUUAUUCUGGUUCGGCUGGACGAUAAGUCCCAAUAUCCAUUGGAUAGUACCAAUCAUCGGCUCCGGCGUCUUCGGCUGCGGAACGGUUCUAGCCUUUACUGGUAUUUAUACCUUCCUCAUUGAUGCGUGCCUGUUCUCUGCUGCGUUUCCAUUAUUUGGCGUGCAGAUGUAUGACAGACUCGGUCACCAGUGGGCAACAAGUCUUCUUGCAUUCCUUACAGUUGCUAUGAUGCCCUUCCCAUGGCUGUUCUUCAAGUAUGGCAAUGCUUUAAGGGGGAAGAGUAAGUUCGCGCUCCAUGACAAGAUGUAG